GGGUGUGAUGUCAAUGGGAAGCGCCGAACUCUAGCUAGUUUCCAAAGUUUUAAUGACAAGCUAUGGAUAGCUGAUGGAUAAAAAAAGUGAGUUUCUGUCGUAUUAGUCGCCUAGAUAACAGAUGGAUGACAUCAACGUACUACACCACAGAUGCCUCCUGAAUCUGAGGCGUCGAAUCCGCGAUAUAGGGGAUGGGCGCCCCGCACAGGAACGAUACAUGAGGUUACAGAAGGAUGGAGACACACUCAGUUACCAAGGGAACUCCGAAGAGGUGGGUUGCUAUGUGGCAGGCCACCCUUUAUCGAAGGGAAAUUGCUACUUUGAGGUGACAAUAGUGGACACAGGGGUGAGGGGGACCAUUGCUGUGGGCCUGGUGCCUAAAUUCUACAGGCUGGACCACCAGCCUGGCUGGCUGCCAUAUUCUGUAGCUUACCACGCUGACAACGGCAAGUUAUACAAUGGCAACCCCGUGGGACAGCAGUUCGGGCCAAAGUGUGCGCGUAAUGACCGCAUUGGCUGCGGAAUACACUCCGAAAAUAUUGAAGCAGGUCUUACAACAGUCUUUUUUACCAAAAAUGGCAAGGAGGUUGGUUCAGUAGAGGUUCCCGCGUCGGCAGAGGGGCUGUUCCCCGCCGUAGGGAUGCACUCCAUGGGGGAAGAGGUGAAGGUUGACCUGCAGGCUGAGUGGGUCCUGGAGGAAGAUGACAGUAUGAUGAUGGUGGACAGCCAUGAAGAUGACUGGGGGCGGCUUUACGACGUCAGGGUUAGCGGCACGCUCUUGGAGUAUGUUGGCAAAGGAAAGAGCAUCAUGGACGUGGGUUUGGCCCAGGCCCGCCAGCCACUAACCACCCGCUGCCACUACUAUGAAGUAGAGAUCGUUGAUGCUGGAGAGAAGUGCUACAUUGCUCUGGGCCUGGCAAGGAGGGACUACCCCAGGAACAGACACCCAGGAUGGAGCCGAGGUUCGGUGGCGUACCAUGCUGAUGAUGGCAAGAUCUUUCAUGGCAGCGGGGUUGGAGACGCUUUCGGUCCUCGCUGCUUCAAAGGUGACAUCAUGGGCUGCGGCAUCAUGUUCCCACGAGACUACAUCCUGGACGGAGAAGGCGACGCGGACGACUGGGAUCGGCUGGAGGUCCGUCCAGGCCACGCCGGCGUCCAGAACAUCCUGUACCUCAACGACGAAGAGGAGGAAGAGGAAGAUGGGGAAGAGGUAGAGCAGGGGCAGGAAGUCAGGAAGGUCACGGUGUUCUUCACCAGGAACGGGAAGCUGAUGGGCCGGAGGGAGAUGGGGGUUCCUCCCGGGGGCCUCUACCCCACCGUGGGGAUGCUGAGCAGCGGAGAGAAGGUCAAAGUGGAUCUGCAUCCGCUCAGUGGAUGAGCAGAGCGCCGGAGGUUGGGAGGGGGGGGCUGGACUGGACUGGACUCGUGAUGCCCUGCGUGCAGCUGGCUGCCCCUGUAGAGCUCACCAACGGUAGCUUCUAGCAUGCUGCUAACACACACACACACGCCGGAGCCCGCUCCCCCCCGGGUUCAGCUGCGCACGUGCACGUCGCUGUCGUCGCCACCCCCCCCUCCCCCCCACCUCGACGCACGCCUCCGCUCUUCUUUAUAAGACCUGUACAUUUUCACAGUCAUCGCAGAAACACACACACACAACCAGAGCGUCCUCGUGGCCCAGGAAGUAGCAGAGGGGGGGGUGUUACACGAGCUGUGUAGCUUAACAGCAUGCAGGGAUAGACGGCCGCCCCCUCCCCAAGAUUAAAAAAACAAAUACAUAAAACACAACUCCUGGAAGAUACUUAACUGUUAAUUCUAUGCAAUCUGUACUGGUAUCAACCUCACAUCCAACUUUGCUCUGCACGCUGUGUGUGUGUGUGUGUGUGUGUGUGUGUGUGUGUGUGUGUGUGUGUGUGUGUGUGUGUGUGUGUGUGUGUGUGUGUGUGUGUGUGUGUGUGUGUGUGUGUGUGUGUGUGUGUGUGUGUGUGUGUGAGAGAAACACUGAGCUGUUAAUUCCCUCUUCAUCAGGUCUGGCACACUUGGUUUAUUUCAUUUGUCACCCCCCCCCCUCCGGAAAGCAUAGUGAGGCCAACAGUUGUGCCGAGUCAGAGCUCGUUGGUGGUUUAUGUUUCAGGGAAUAGACCUUUUUUCCCUCUCUCUCUCUCUCUCUCUUCCCCCCUCCCUCUCCCAGUCCUCUCUCUCUGUGUGCGGCUGCCCUCCUGUGAGCGAGCAGGGUCCUGCUGUUGCCCCACCUCGCUGGCUGGAAGUGCUCCGUGGAUCGGUUGCAAUAUUUCAGAAGAAGCAUCCACGUGUGAGAUUCUUCCAGGUUUUUGGCAAUCCCAAGCUCAUUUUUCCAGUGAGAUGCUGUUUACUGGGCAGCAUCACAUCACAGUGGACGGAUAAGAGUCUUUUUUUUUUUAUUUAUUUUUUUUUUUAUAUAAAUAGUUAUACAAGAAACGUAUAGAACAACCAACGUAUAGAAACACAUCAGGUAUGUUUUCUACAUAGGGGAAAGAAUGUGCAGAAUACACAUUUGAAUUUCUCUUGUGCGUUUCAGAAGUUCAGGGAAUUUAUUUUUAUUUAUUUUUUUGCACUUUGGUGGGCUGGGGAGACAUUUAGGGCAGACGUGAGUACAGUGGUGGUGGACAAAACGGGGAAAAAAACAAAAAAUAAGUAAUACACAUUCCAGUGUAAUGCAGUCUGAUGCAACAGCACAGCCCAUCAGCCAUACAGAGUAACAUGACAUUUCACUGCAGACCUCAGACCCAACUAUCAGCGGCUGGGUGGACUGCACGCUGUUCUACUGGGGUCUAGUGUUUCUUGUCCGUUGGUUUGACUCCCUGUUGCAUGUGUGCCCUCCAUAUGAAGGAUCGUUUGUCCUUUCCUUUCCCACGUUGUCACUAUAAAGUUUGAAUGAUGUGAUAUUUGGAGGUUUAGUCUGCUCAAAUGAAUAAGAUUUAAGAGAACUAGUUCUCCAUGAUGCCCUAAGUGAUAUGUAGAAUGAACUGCUGGAUGUUUUUUUUUUAAUAUUAGGACAAUGAUGUUUGUUAGCUGCAUGUGUGUCUGCAUAGCAUUGGGACAGCAGCCCCCCCCCCCAGAGUUUCCUGCUAUCUCAACAUUGGCUCACUUAAAACCCAUCACCAUGGCCCCCCAUGCUCACGCACGUGCACAAGCAUAGGAUCACCUUGAACUUGAAGAAACUUUUUUUUUUUCUCAGUCAUUUUCUAGACCAAACAAUUACUUUUCAUUUGAAUUGAUCUUUUAUUAUUGUGAAGAUCCAGGACUUUGAAAAAAUUUGAACAUCUGCAACUUUCUCAGUCCCCCCCCUUCCCGCUAAAGCCCUGUUCCGCUUACCAGUUGAGCUACCAGGGUGCUCCAGCUGUGAUUAUUUUUUUUAUUUACAUUUUUUUUCACUCUUUUCAGACUCCGUGAUAAUCAUUCAAUCAAAAUACAAAAAGGCAGAUUAAUGGAUGAUGGAAAUAACGGUUAGUUGCAGCCCCAGAUAAUUCCCACAUGCAUUUGGCCAUCACUUUUUGCUGCUGCAGUAGUCUUGCAUAGCCAGACCUAUCUCUAGAGAGCUGUGUAUAUCUGUGGAGCGCUGUGUAUGGUCUGGCUACACUGCCCAUCUAUUCUGGGAUGGGGGGGGGCAUGCUGCUUUGGCUUGUUUGUAUUACUUAAACCAAUCACAAUUGCCCUGGGCGGCACUAAGCCCCGGAUGCAGCAGCGGAUUGAUGCAGCAGAAUCAAAGAUAUGUUUAUUUUUUUAUUCUAUGCACUUUUUUUUUUUUCUUUCUUCAAAACCUGCUGGCUAUAUUACCCACAAUGCAACUCGACCACAAGCCGAAGCCUCGAGCCGCUAGCCUCAAGCAAAGAGCACUUCUUCUUUCUAACUCCACACCUCCAGUAUUUUUUAUUUUUUUUGCACUUUUAAACUAAAUGUCAGCAAAUGUGCACAUUACAACUUUUUCACAUAUUAGUACUCAUGAAAACCUGCAAAAUAGACUUUGAUGUGUAAAUCUGGGGAACUCCCUCCUACGGAUGAGUUAAUACCGGUUCUCCAGGAUCGUAGGCUAACCCAAACCGACUCCGCUGAACUGAGCUCUGUGAUAGCGACCUCCGGGCUGGAGCAGAAAUCCUACGCAUGCGGUUUUGUUGUCUCGUGUCAGUGGGAGCUGGUUCCCACACGAGUUACACAUGAUGCCGUAUCGGCUAAAACCAUCCAGUCCCUCGGUGUCUCUCCACAUGUGGAAUUGCCCGUUGCACACCGCCAGCAGCCCCGCAACAGAAACUCUUAACGUACAUUCCUCUGCACCUUCCCGCGAGGUGCAUACAGCAGGCGUCUGCAGCGUUUCACCGUUUAGACCGCAGACCGUGAUGCCAGAAAUGGAACGCGACGUGAAAUGACUAGACAGGGUCAACUAUUAAAUCACAUAUCUGCUGGAGAUUGUAUGUAUUUUUUUUGUUUUUAGCUGUUGUCCAUGCAUCUUUGUUUGAGAGCCAUUGGUGAUGUGAUAAAUAUGUCAAUCAGUGGUGGUGGUGUUCUUCUCCUGCAGGGCUGGAUAGAGACUUCCGUUCAGGUUGUUACAGCCUGAUCGGUUCACCUUCUUAUGCUAGACAGUGCAAAGAUGUUAAUGAGACGCUGAUGUCUACAUUCAGGGUAUUAAGUCACCUGUAUCGAAAGUUUACUCCGAAUCUCAGUUUACAAAAAGUUCCACGGUUCAACCAAAUUCGAGCUAAAUCUGGUUUAAAGUCUGUGACUAGACUCACCAAGGUCUUCUGUAAUACUCGUCGCCUUGUUGACUUGCACUAUAACGGCCUUGUUCAGUACUUGUACGGUCAUCAAUAAAGGUUUCAGUAAUGUAACAAA